UCUGUUUGCCAAUUCGAAUUCUCUCUCUCUGUCUCUCUCUCUCUCUCUCUCUCUCUCGGCGUCUGUCUGCGUUUCCCUCUCCCUGAAGAGGUGCUGGAGCCAAUAACCUCACCUCUUCGGAGACUUUGUGUGUGUGACCACGAUCAAUGGCGUCUGAAAACUUUACCGACAAAAAUGCUGUGUUCAGAAAGCUCAAAGCGAAAUCCGAUAACAAGAUGUGCUUCGAUUGCAAUGCCAAAAACCCUACAUGGGCGUCAGUGACGUAUGGGAUCUUCCUUUGCAUCGACUGCUCUGCUGUUCAUCGCAGCCUUGGAGUUCACAUCAGUUUCGUCCGGUCUACUAAUUUAGAUUCAUGGAGCCCUGAGCAAUUGAGAAUGAUGAGCUUUGGGGGAAACAACCGUGGGCAGGCUUUCUUCAAGCAACAUGGAUGGACUGAUGGCGGGAAAAUUGAGGCUAAGUAUACAUCUAGAGCUGCUGAUUUGUAUAGGCAAAUACUUUCAAAAGAAGUUGCCAAAAGUAUGGCAGAAGAUGCAGGCUUGCCAUCAUCACCUGUUACUUCUCAGUCAGCCCAAGCAUCUAAUGGACUAACUGAUCUCAAAAUCAAUGAGACUCCUAAAGAAAGUUCGCUAGGAAGGCAAGAAACAUCUGAUGUUUCUCAUUCCCUAAGAACUUCUCAUCCAGUUAUUGCCAGUUCAGUAAAGAAGCCUCUUGGUGCAAAGAAAACUGGGAAGACUGGAGGCCUUGGUGCCAGAAAGCUUACUACAAAGCCCAGUGAAAAUCUGUAUGAUCAGAAACCUGAAGAACCAGCUCUUCCUGUCCCUUCUUCUACUAAUAACAACACUCCAAAAGGUGGCACAACUUUUGGAUCUCGCUUUGAAUAUGUGGAUAAUGUCCAAUCUACUGAACUAACUUCUGGAGGUCCGCAAGUGAUUAGCCAUGUAUCUCCACCAAAGUCAUCAAGCUUCUUUGCAGAAUUUGGAAUGGAUAGUGGAUUUCCGAGGAAAUCAAGCUCAAACUCCUCAAAAGUGCAGAUUCAGGAAACAGACGAAGCAAGGAAGAAGUUCUCAAAUGCAAAAUCAAUCUCAUCAGCUCAGUACUUUGGUGAUCAGAGCAAAGCCACUGAUGUUGAUGCUCAAGUUUCCUUGCAGAAAUUCUCAAGUUCCUCAGCAAUCUCCAGUGCUGAUCUUUUUGGUAACAGCAAUGAUCACUCCAUUGAUCUUGCUGCAAGUGACCUGAUUAACCGGAUAUCUUUCCAGGCACAACAGGAUAUUUCUUCCCUCAAGAAUAUAGCUGGAGAGACUGGGAAGAAACUCAGUUCAUUGGCAUCGACCUUAAUAACUGAUCUUCAAGAUCGAAUCCUCUGAUAUGGGUGUGUUAUAUGUUAAAAAAAAAAAAAAAUCCAAGCCGAUACUUGUGUAGUGGAAUGUAAAAUGAGUCGAUCGUAAAAUUCUCAGGGAAAUAUAAAAUUAAAAACUUUUCAAGAUGUUUUAUUUUCAAGUGCAGAUUUUGAGAUUGUGUUUAGUUAUUUCUCCUAGUUACUAUAUCAUUUUGUAAACCUGAACAGGUUUCUUGCAGUGUAUUCAAGGGGUAGGAACUGAAAUUAUGAACAAUUUGUUGAUGCCUUCAUGAGAAAACUACACAAAUUUGUCCUGCAAUUUAUAUUAAUUUGCUGUUUAAUUCC